GUUUGUGGCGAAUUUCAGUAACGUGAAUCUGGAAAACUAAUCCGGCACAUCGUUAACCACUUAGAAGAGCGGCUGGACUGGCUCGUCACUCAUGCUACGGGCCACGGCUUCUCGUUUCUUUGAUCAAAUGACACGCAGCAAACUCUCACGAACAUUCCGUUUCUCGCAGCACCACCAUGAAUACACUGUACGCACCUGCAGUUGGAGUUUAUGACUCGAUAUUCCGCACUGUUUUCACCGAUGAUGAAAUGCGCUUAAUCUUCACUGACCAAGCGUACUUUUCACGUUGUGUUCAAGUAGAGAUAGCUCUCGCAAAAGCCCAAUCCGUCCUCGGUGUUAUCCCUCACGACGCGGGUGGAAUCAUUGAACGCGAUUGCACCGCUGACAAGAUCGACUGGGAUCGUCUCCGAAAAGACACCGAGAUAGUCGGCUAUCCUAUCCUAGGGCUUAUCAGACAAAUGGAUGAUAUGUGCCCCGAGAGUGGAAAGUACCUACACUGGGGUGCUACUACACAAGAUAUCAUGGACACUGCUAGCGUUCUUCAAAUUAAAUCGGGCCUCGAAUUAAUCUCUCGACAACUUAACACGGUCCGAGAUAUCCUCGUACGCCUCUCUUCUCAAUAUCGUGAUACACCAAUGGCAGGUCGAACCCAUCUUCAACAUGCCCUCCCCAUUACUUUUGGAUACAAAUGUGCUGUCUGGCUCUCCGCUCUCGAUCGGCAUGCCGAGCGUCUGGAGCAGCUCCGUCCUCGCGCACUGUUCGUACAAUUCGGCGGAGCGGUAGGUUCGCUAGCAUCCCUCGGCACCAGCGACAUCGGCUUGAAAGUUCGCGCUGAACUGGCUAAAGAUCUAGGUCUUCACGAUCCUCCGAUUUCAUGGCAUGUCGCUCGUGAUGGUAUCGCAGAGACGAUCUCUUUCCUGUCGAUCGUCGGGGGAACUCUCGGCAAGAUCGCAUAUGAUAUCCUCCUCCUUAGUUCUUCCGAAUUUGGAGAGGUUCAAGAACCAUUUGUUCCCCACCGUGGGGCGUCAUCUACGAUGCCCCAGAAACGAAACAGUAUAUCAUCAGAGGUGAUCCUCGCAUGUUCGAAGCUCCUCCGCGCACAAGCCGCAACAGCGCAAGAUGCAAUGGUUUCUGAUCUUGAACGUGCAUCGGGCCCUUGGCAUCUCGAAUGGAGUUGUGUUCCCGAGGCGUUUUGCCUUGCAAGCGGAGCCCUUCAUCAGACAGAAUUCGUGUUGGGUGGACUACACGUUGAUACAGGCCGCAUGAUCGAAAACCUUGACAUGUCGAAAGGUCUCAUUGUAGGUGAAGCGGUAAUGAUGGGACUGGCACCGUACUUCGGUCGCAAUACUGCGCAUGACAUCGUAUAUGAAGCGUGUACGACGUGCUUUGAAUCUCACAAACGACUUUCCGAACAGUUGAAACUCAUGUCUCAAGUGCGGGAGAAGCUUUCCGAAGAGGAUAUCGACAAACUGUGCGAUCCGAAGAAUUAUCUGGGUGCGUGCACUAAGAUGGUUGACGAUGUAUUGAAAGGCAGGAAAUAACAAAUAAUAUUGAGGUACGUAGACAUCGUACAUUUUUAAUGAAUAAGA